GAGACGAGGUAAUUUGAAUCAUAAUGCUAGGCACAUGAAAAUAAGUGUUUAAAAGAUAUUACUUCUGAGGGUGUACAUUAUUCUACCAGCCUGCUAGUAGUACAACAUAUGCUCUUUUCUCCUUCACCAGGUAUCAGGAUGGCAUCGGAUGGAAAGUGGCUGUGGAAAACCACAUCAGUGGAACAGUUCUUCACUACUUAUAAUGUUAGUUACCAGCUCACCCUCGCAAGCCGAGAGCCCCUUCUUGAGGAUCACUUCCGUCAGGCCCUCACUCAUCUCUCAAGGAAAGUGCCUUUGUUGCGGCUGUGCUAUGCUCAACGGGAGGGGGAAUGGUGGCUCAGGGAGAUGGCUCAAGAAAUAAUUGACUUCGAGAUGAUCCCAGAUGUGACAAUAGAAGACGCUCACCAGAAAUGUCUAACAUACCAGUACGAUAUCAAAACUGGUCCUUUGUGGUUUGCUAAACUCAGGCCAGACUCGCCUUCCAUGGAGGGUAUGCCGGAAAUGGCUGGCUUUCCUUACAGAAGUACGGUCUUCCUGGGCCUCUACCACGGCAUCACAGACGGAUAUUCCAACAUGAAGAUCUGUGGAUUUCUAGUACAACUUCUCGAGGGUGUAAUUGCACGUAAUCCCAUCAACGACGAAGAGGAACUAGGCAUCUGUGUAUCCGGGGAAAAAACACAACAGUUGGUAGACGAGCGGUUUGCAGCUGUAAAGGCUGAUAGUGAGUAUAAAGAAAAGAUGAUGGAGGAGUUUCAGGCCAGCCAGAAAUCUUGCCUCCUUUCAAGCAUAAUACCUGAAGGUGCAGGAGAGAAAGAGCCCAAGACUCGCAUGCUGCUACGGAACCUGGACACUGAUACCAGCACCGCCUUCUUCAAGCGAUGUCGCGAAGAAGGGGUUACUGUUAAUUCAGCCUUCACUGCUCUUGGUAGCGUUGCCAUGGUCGAUUUCCUGGUGGAAGGAGGUAUCAACCAAGACACUUACAGAAUCAGCAGUAAUCAUGUGGUCAAUGCCCGCAGGUAUUGGGGAGGCGACACUUACGAUUACCUGGGGUGUCACGCCCUGCCAACGAAUCCUGUGACAAUGGAAACACCACGCACUGUUGGGUCGAACUUCUGGGAGUAUACAAGAGAGCUACAUCGCCAGUUUCAAAAGACUUUGGAAUCAAGCAAGGCCAUACAUAUUGAGGCAAUGAAACAAGUUUGCCGAUCUGAUAAUCCGGACUCUGGUGCCCUUUCUAAACAGUCACAGUUUGACUUUUGUGUGACUAACAUGGGGGACGUAACGGCGCUGGUGACGGAAGGUGGGGCUCAUGUGCAGGCGACCCAUGUCCUCAGGGUCACGGCCAUUCACCCGGUCCCCAACUUCUGGGCUCAUUUUCUGCAUUCCUUCCGUGGCAGGCUUAUCAAUGCGUUAGCUUACAGCACUGAAAACAUUAAUGAUGAGAUGGCAGAGAAUUACUGCAGCAAAGUUUUCCAGCAUUUGCACGAUGUAAUUGAUAUUAAAAAGUAAUUGCAACUCCU